AUUUCUUGGUUAUCAAGAUUUAAAUGUUAUUAGGCAGCAUUGCUUCUUCAAAAGAAAUGAAAUAAGCGUUACAAGUGAACAUCCAUGAAGAAGCGAGGCAUCACCGCUGCUUCUCCAGCAGGGGGCAGCAGUGUGCAGCUCCACUAUGACCAGAAAAUGGCUUUUCACGUGUAUCCCGGGAACGGUCACGUCAUAGAAAACAGUUCCUACAUCAGGGAGGAGCAGUUCACCAGCCCAGCUGGUACACACCACAUGUUUUCAGUCCCAGAUACCAUCCCCAACAAUCAUGAGCAAGAGUACAACAUAAUAGAUGACAGGGGGAGCAGAGACUCCACGUGGAUGAUGUACUCCAGCAGCCAGGCCUAUUCAGGGCCAGAAGAUGACUCCACAGACCCCCAUGAGACCCUGACAGAGACUUCCACUUUGACCUUUGGAGACUCCUACAUGAAUGAGAGAUCGGUGGAGAGCCACAGUCUCCACGGGGUGGAGAUGAUUCACCUCAAGGAGUUUGUGUUGAUAGAUGAUGAUGAAGAUGGAGACAUGUCGCUGAGGGAGAAAACGGUGACGGACCUGUCAGCGGGGGAUGGAAAAGCUGCUGACCUGGUGUGUGGGAGGAUGUUCUCCACCUCCAGCGGCUCGCUGUCGGAGAGUAAAGAGGAAUCUUUGGUUCAUGAAGCACCUCCACCCGAGGAGAAGGAAGAAACUGAGUAUGAAAAGAAGCGCUGCUGUUUCUGCAUGCUUUUAUGA